GGCCCGGUGCCGCCAUAGCGCUCCCGCAGCGUGUCCCGGUCCCAUCGCGCUUCCCGAGCCUCUCCCGGACAGCCCCCGCCUGACCCGGAGAGGUCAGGGGAGACGCGGCGGCAGCCUUACCGUGCCCGGAGGCCCCGCGCCCGGAGCGCCAUGGCCGCGUACAAGCCGGUGGUGGUGCAGGCGUGCCCCAAGCUCGGCGAGAAGAUCACGCAGGACACGCUGUACUGGCGAGGGUACAAGACACCCGUUCAGAUAAAGGAAUUCGGUGCAGUAAGUAAAAUUGACUUCUCCCCAGUCCCACCAUACAACUAUGCUGUCACAGCCUCCUCGAGGAUCCACAUUUAUGGCCGUUACUCCCAGGAGCCCAUCAAAACAUUCUCUCGCUUCAGAGAUGCCGCAUAUAGUGCCACGUACAGGGAUGAUGGGCAGCUGCUUGUUGCAGGCAGUGAGGACAGCAGCAUCCGCCUCUUCGACGUCAGCGGGAGAGCACCACUGAGGCAGUUCGAUGGGCACACUAAACCGGUUCAUCUAGUGGGUUUCCUGUCCGAUAAAUACAGGAUAUUUUCUGGUGGUGAUGAUUAUUCAACAAAUUUGUGGGAUAUUCCAAGUGCCACAGAAAUUGUCUCAUAUAGUGAGCAUACUGACUACGUGAGAUGCGGCUGUGCAAGUAAAGUGAAUGCGGAUGUCUUUAUAACAGGUUCCUAUGAUCACACUGUGAAACUAUUUGAUGCACGAACAAAAAGUAGUGUCAUGACAAUAGAACAUGGCCAUCCUGUGGAGAGCGUGCUUCUGUUCCCUUCUGGUGGACUUCUAGUAUCUGCAGGAGGUCGAUAUGUCAAAGUUUGGGAUGUACUAAAAGGCGGACAGUUACUAGUUUCACUUAAAAAUCACCACAAAACUGUAACUUGUUUAUGCCUGAACAGCUCUGGACAAAGGUUAUUGUCAGGAUCCCUGGACAGGCAUGUGAAGAUUUACAGUACUACAUCCUACAAAGUAGUCCACAGCUUUAAUUAUGCAACAUCCAUCCUCAGUCUUGCGUUAUCGCCUGAAGAUGAAACUAUAGUUGUAGGCAUGACCAAUGGGGUGCUAAAUGUUAAACACAGGAAACCUGAAGAAAGGAAUGAAAAGUCACAAAAGAAGAGACAACCAGCAUAUAGAACCUAUGUGAAAGGAAGAACUUACAUGCCAAAACAGGAAGAUUUCUGUGUCAGUAAACCUGUAAAACGUGUUUUGAGGAAAUACGACAAGCUGCUGAAGAGCUUUGAGUCUUCCAAGGCUCUUGAUGCAGUCCUGGAGCCACCCAUCAUGCUUCAUACUCCUGAAGUUACGGUUGCAGUUAUGCAGGAACUGCAUCGCAGAGGAACAUUGAGGAGUGCACUUGCAGGCCGAGAUGAGAAGCAAGUUAAUCUCCUCCUUACCUUUGUGGCAAGGCGUGUGAUUGAGCCACGAUUUACUCCUGUGCUGGUCACUGUUGCAGAUAUGAUCACUGAUAUUUAUCAGCCUGUGGUUGGGCAGUCAGCGAUUGUUGAUAAACAGUUCUUGAAACUUCAGGAAGCUAUAGGAAAAGAGAUUGACUAUCAAGAGGAACUACUAGAAGUUUUGGGGAUGAUGGAUACACUGUUUGCUACUUUUACUGAGAAAAGAGAUACAUAUCUAGAAGAGAACAAAAGUAAUGGUCUUGCAGAGGCCAUGGAAACAAAUAGGAAUGACUGAAAGCCAUCACAGCAAAUUGUCACAAAAAUACUGUGGACUUGGAAUAUAUGAUCUGUUCUCCUUGUAACUUUUAAUAGUGACUGUCAAAAUAAGCCUUUCUAGGUUGAAGAUCUGUCUUCCAAACUAUGUUGCUGAAUAGGCUUGAUUGCUGAAGACAGAGAAAGAAGGAAGUUUUCAAGAUUUUCCUUGCAAAAUUUUUUGAACAAUUGAAUUUUACAGUUUUAUUCCAGAGUUAUGUAACUUUUUAAAGUAUGUGUUUGGCAUCCAGUACUAUAAUGAUUUGAUUUUAUUUACUAGAAAAUAAUUGAGGUUUGUCUAAUUUUAAUGUGUCAUUGCCCUUAUUUAAGGUUAGUAUGCCAUCUCACAUCCCUGGAAACAGGAAUAAAAUGGCAUAUGCAUUUGAUACAUUGUGUUUUCUCUCCCUGCUUCAUCUUCAUUUCAGACUUCCAUGAAUUCAUCGGAAAUCGCAAAAUGACUCAAGAAGAGAAGUACAUGCUUAUGUAUAUUGAAAAAUAUGAAUUAUAUAGAAAGUAGAUAAUACUUCUAAAGGGAAAUUAAUUCAAAUUAAAUUAUUGUAAUAAGGAAAAUACACAGCAGUGAGAAAAUAUUCAGUUAAAUGUCAGAACUCAAUUUUUGUGUAAUUCUAUCACUUUCUGUCUACGUUGUUAUCAGUAUAUGUUUGAAUGCUAGGGUAUGGUUUAUUUUAACUUCAGGCAAUGCUGUAUCACUGUGUACACAUUGGAAACAGAGGUGUGCUAAAGGCUAUUGAGUACAUUUAGGAUGACACUAGGCUCUUCCUAGAGCCGCCUUAUUCUAUGAACCAGUAUUGCUUGGAGUUGAAGGCACACAUUUUUCUUGGGAGCGUAGUGUUCCAUGGCUUGAAAACUACUAACCUUGACAUAAAACGUAUUCUCAGUUCUUACUGACAAUAUUCAUGUCUAAGAUAUGUAUCCAUUGUAGUGUCUCAAAGUUUGAUGUGUGGCUAGCAGAAGCAUAGGAAGAAGUUGGAUUAAAAUAGCGAUUAGUUUGAUCUAAGUUGGAGAGAGAGAGAUUUGAUGGAUGGACUGUUCAGUGGAUGAGAAUUUGGUUAGAUGGUCGCAUCCAGAGAGUACUGGUCAAUGGCUCAAUGUUCAGAUAGAGAUGAAUGAUAGAUAAGUGGUGUCAUUCAGGGGUCUCUACUGGGACCAGUAUUGUGUAAUGCCUUCAUCCAUUACAUUGACAAUGGAUUGAAUGCACCUUCAGUGGGUUUGCAGAUGACACAAAGCUGAGUCGUGCAGUUGACAGACCUGAAGGACGGGAUACCAUCUAGAGGGAUCUGGACAGACUUGAGAAGUGGGCCCUUGUGAACCUCAUGAAGUUCAACAAGUCCAAGUGCAAGGUCUUACAUCUGCAUCAGGGCAAUCCGAAGCACAAGCUGGGAGCUUGAGUCAAAAGACUUGGAGGUGUUGGUGGAUGAGAAGCUCAGUGUGACUGGAGCUUGUAGCCUGAGUUGUCGGAUGUGCUUGCCUUCAGCCCCUGGCCUGGGUCGCCACUCUGCACACUGUUAACAAAGCAGACUGCUGAUUGAGCCAUAGGCACCAAUAGUCCAGUGUCUUACAGUGCCUGGGCAGUCACUAUAUAUAUGGUCAAAUGUUUGAGUCAGUAAUCACUAGCAGUUCAGUCUCUUUAAAGAAGGAAAAACACCAAAAAGAAAAAAAAAAAAGGACAUAUUUGGGGAAAAGAGAAAAGAAAAGCUGGAUACCAGAAUCUGUGUAACCCAAGACAGGUGCUCAGUGCAGGAAGGAUAUGGACCUAUUGGAAUGAGUCCAGAGGAGGGCCAUGAAGAUGAUCAGAGGGCUGUGGCACCUCUUCUAGGAGGACAGGCUGAGAGACUUGGAGGGUAGAACAUUGGGGUUGCUCAGCCUGGAGAAGAGAAGGCUCCAGGGAGACCUCACGGCCUUUCAAUACUUAAAAGGACAAUUACAACCUUUUAGCAGGGCUUGUUGUGACAGGACAAAGGGUAAUUUUUAUAAUCUUAAAGAAGGGUAGAUACAGUCUAGACAUAAAGAAGAUUUUUACAACGAGAGUGGUGAAACAUUGGAACAGGUUGCCCAGAGAGCUGGUAGUUGCUCCAUCCCUGUAAACAUUCAAGUAGUUGCAAGGGAAUUGGACUAGAUGAUCUUUAGAGGUCUCUCCCAACCCGAACUGUUCAAUGAUUCUCAGAUCUUAGAGUAAUUCGAUGUGUUAUGAUGUUUACCAUUCAGGAUAUUCUUCCAAGUGAGUUUGCCAAGGUAGACAUGAAAACAGAUGUUAGGUAUUGUCUACACAAAUGGAAAUCUGAUGAAAACAUAGAGAAACAAAUGCUAUUUAAGAUCUUAAUGUCUAACAAGACUAGUAAAAUGAAAUUUGGAAGACUUAUUUGACUGACCAGUUGUAUUAUGAAUUCUACUGGAUUUACUACCUCCGCAUUGAAAGCUAGUAUUUGUUCAGGUGACAAACUUGCCAAAGUUGUCUAAUCUUUGUGUCUCUGUUAUUCUCUGUAAUGAAAAGUAAUAACUUCUUUUUCCCAUUUAAUAAGAUUUUUUUACAUUAUGCAAGCUUUUCUUCAGUACUAACAUAAUCAAGUUAUCAAGGAGCUUGCGUAAGAUACUGUUAUUACCAUUGUGGUGCCUGUUGCCCAUGUUCUCAUUUUAUGUAAUACAUAAUAAUUAUAUAAUGCAAUAUAAAACUUCAAAUUCUGGCUUUUUUGACAGGUUGAUGGUUGAAUAAAAUAGGAAAAAAAGUUCCA